GAAUAUUCCGUUUAGCCUAUCUGAUCAGCAAAAUCCGAGUCUUCAGUCUUCACAGUACUCUUCGCAAUCAAUCCAUCGUCAUCGUCUCUUCCACAAUCCAUGGGAACUCCAUACCCGAACCUCAUCAAUCCGACUCAGACCCGAAUUGGGUGGAUAGGCAUCGGCGUUAUGGGUGCUGCGAUGGCCUCUCGCCUUCUCUCCGCCGGCUACUCCGUCACCGUCUACGCUCGCACACCAUCCAAGGCUCUUCCUCUGCAAUCUCUAGGCGCCCGUGUCGCCGAUUCUCCGGCUGAAGUCGCUCGGUCCAGCGACGUCGUAUUCACCAUGGUAGGUCACCCAUCCGAUGUUCGAUCAGUCGUCUUACAAGACCCUAAGUCAGUUCUCUCCGGUCUAACCCCUAACUCCGUCACUGUUGACAUGACCAGCAGCCACCCUGAUCUCGCCAGAGAGAUUUUCGCCUUAGCACGUGAGAAAAAUUGUUGGUCCGUGGAUGCGCCAGUCUCUGGAGGCGAUAUAGGUGCGAGAGAUGGAAAAGUAGCCAUAUUUGCUGCUGGAGAACAAGAUGUAGUGAAUUGGUUAGAACCCUUGUUUCGGAUUCUAGGGAAGGCUACAUAUGUGGGUCAGGCAGGGUGUGGACAGAGCUGCAAAAUAGCGAAUCAGAUUACUAUUGGGGCUAAUCUGAUUGGUUUGAGUGAAGGUCUGGUGUUUGCAGAACGGGCAGGGUUGAAUUUGAAGCAGUUUGUGGAAGCAAUUAAAAGAGGGUCUGCUUACACCAAGGCGUUGGAGUUAUAUGGAGAGAGGAUGAUUGAGAAGGACUUCAAGCCUGGUGGGUUUGCUGAGUAUAUGGUGAAGGAUUUGGGAAUGGGGUUGGAUAUUGUGGAGAAGGGUGAGGAUGAUAAAGUUGUGGUUUUGCCUGAAGCUUCAUUGUGCAAGCAACUAUUCUCCAGUAUGGUAGCUAAUGGAGAUGGAAAGCUUGGUGGUCAAGGGCUUAUCUCUGUUAUUCAGAGAAUCAAUGGGAAAUGAGUUACUAAUUCCUCAAUACUUUGAAUGAUGGAUAUCAGCAUCUUGCAGGUUAUAUCUGCAGGUUUGCCUUACAAAAUAGAUUGGCUCUAAAGCAGCUGUCAUAUGAGCUUGUACACGAAAAGCAUGAAUGUUGUAUCAUUUGAUUGGACAAAUCUUGAUACGCAUUGAAGAACAUGUAUGCAUAUUAUGUUACGAGCUUCAGAAGAAGAGAUCAUCCAUAAAAAACUAGCUUAUUCAGAGGGAGAGCUUCUCAUACUUAUAAAUCACACUUAUCUUAUGCGAUUUUUUGUUGUAGGACUCAUAACAUAUUGAUGGUCUACUAAACAACAGCUCAAUAUGUGUUGGGUAUUUAAAAAGUAAAGACAUACUAAUAUGCACGCCCUGUUUUAUUACAAAAACAUUUGUAUUUCUGGAGACAACUAGAUCAAAAUAGCAGCAGAGCGUAGUUUAUAAAAGGACAGGAAUCAUGGCCAUCAUCUUUACUGCAUAAGAAUGGCAGUACCAAGUGUAAUUUGGUUGGGACUUGUUUGAACUUUGAACCUUGGGCUUAUUAAUCUCUCAAGGUACCAUUAGGGUAGGGUUCUUCGUAAGAAAUGUAAAGAAUCAAAGCAUUUCACUAGCCAGUUUCAAGGUAUGUGAUUAAAGUCUAUAAUUGCUAGCUUGUAAUUCUAAUACAGGCUUCUGUUA